AUGGCGAAGGAAGACGAGGAAGAGAAGAAAGCCAAGAAAGGGAAGAAGGGGAAGAAGGCGCCCGAGCCGGAGAAGCCCAAACGGAGCCUGAAGGGGACGUCGCGGCUGUUCAUGGGCUUCCGAGACCGCACGCCCAAGAUCUCCAAGAAGGGCCAGUUCCGGAGCGCCUCGGCCUUCUUCUGGGGCCUCCACACCGGCCCCCAGAAGACCAAACGCAAGAAGAAGGCGCGCACGGUGCUCAAGUCCACGUCGAAGCUCAUGACGCAGAUGCGCGUGGGCAAGAAAAAGCGCGCCAUGAAGGGCAAGAAGCCGUCCUUCAUGGUGAUCCGCUUCCCCGGCCGCCGCGGGUACGGCCGCCUGCGCCCGCGCGCCCAGUCGCUCAGCAAGGCGUCCACGGCCAUCAACUGGCUCACCAAGAAGUUCCUCAUCAAGAAGGCCGAGGAGUCGGGCAGCGCGCAGGCCACGCUGGACACCUGGCUGGACCGCUCCGGCUCCCGCGUGGGCUCGCGCAAGCUGCCCUUCCCGUCGGGCGCUGAGAUCCUGCGGCCUGUGGGCCGCCUGCGCAGGUUCCCGCGCGCCCACAGCAUCUACGCGUCAGGUGAGCCCGUGGGCUUCCUGCCCUUCGAGGACGAGGCCCCGUUCCGGCACGCGGGCUCCCGCAGGUCCCUGUACGGGCUCGAGGGCUUCCAGGACCUGGGCGAAUACUACGACUACCACCGCGAGGGCGAUGACUACUACGACCAGCAGUCACUGCACCGUUACGAGGAGGCGCAGGAGCCUGAGCUGGGCGACCGCAGCGUGGCCUGGCCGCCCUACGACUACCCACGCGGGCACGCGCCUGAGGAUCCCUACGCCUACCUGGGCCCCGACCGCUACGGCGGCUCCUUCUACCCUGACCCCGCCUACAGCUACGGCUACGACGACUACCAGCCCCCCUACGCGCCCCCGUCGGGGUUCGCGUCUCCCUACGGCUACGCCAACGCGUACGCGGACGAGGCGCAUUGGCACGGCUACUACCUGGACCCCUAUGCCCCUUCCGACGCGCUCUACGCGCCAUACCCGGCCUACGACGCGGCCUACGACCUCCCGGCCGCCGCGCCCUACCUGGAUCCUUUUGGCGCCUCCCCUGGUGUCCCCUCUGCCGGAGGCAUCCAAGGCGCUGGGGACCAGGCCGUCUACCCCCCCGAGGGGCUCUAUCUGCCCCCGGAGCGGUCAGCCUUCAUGUACCCGUGGGCGCCGCCGCCCAUCCCGUCACCCCACAACCCGUACGCCCACCCCAUGGACGACAUCGUGGAGCUGGAGGAGCCCGAGGGGGCGGGUGGCCAGCGGCAGGGCACCUCCUUCCGCCUGCCCAGCGCCGCCUUCUUCGAGCAGCAGGGCAUGGACAGGCCCGCCAGGUCCAAGCUGUCCCUCAUCCGCCGGUUCCGCCUCUUCCCGCGGCCCCAGGUGAAGCUGUUCGGGAAGGAGAAGUUGGACGUGCCGCUGCCGCCCUCGCUGGACAUCCCGCUGCCCCUGGGGGAUGCGGACGAGGACGAGGAGGAGGACGAGAUGCCGCCGCUGUCCCCGGUGCCCUACGGCCACCCCCGCUGGGGCUUCCUCACGCCGCGCCAGCGCCGCCUCCAGCGCGCCCUCUCGGCCUUCGGCGCCCCUCGCGGCCUGCGCUUCAGCCCGGCCGUCGGCCGCCCCGCGCCGCGCCCGGCCACCUCGCUGGCGCGGUUCCUCAGGAAGACCCUGUCGGAAAAGGAGCCCCUCCCGCGGCUGAGGGGCGGCCGCAAGGCCGGGGCGCGCGGCCCGGCGGCCAGGGAGGCGGCCUACAAGCGCUUCGGCCACAAGCUGGCGGGCAUGGCGGCCGAGCGGCCCGGCACCCCCAUCGUGCUGCGCCGGGCGCAGGCGCGCGCCCACAGCGGCCCCGGCCCCGGCCCCCGCCCGCCGCCCGCCCCGGGCCUCGGCCCCGCCGGCCCCGCCCCCGGCCUGCCCGCGCCGGCCUCGCCCCGCGGCUCGCUCCGCCGGCACCCGCCGCCCUGGGCCGCCCCCGCGCACGUGCCCCUGGCUCCCCAGGCCCGCGGCUGGGCCUUGGCCGAGCCGCCGCCCCUGCGCCCCGCGGGGCGCCCGGACCCCCUGGCCGGCCCCGGGCCGCGGCUCUCCUUCGGGGGCCCCCGCCGGCGGGGCGCGGCCUUCGGCGUCCCCUGGCCGUCGCCCCGGCCCUCGCUGAGGAGCCCCCUGGGACCCCUGUCCCCCCAGCCCUCCGGCCGCGCCGGCCCCCUGCGGCCGCCCUUCUCGCCGCCGCCCUGCCGGCCCCGCUCGCUGCGGGAGCCCCCGUUCCCGCGCCGAGCCUCGGGGCGCCCGGGCGCGCCCUGCUCCCCGGGGCCGGGCUCCCCGCGGCCCCCCUCGCCGCCCCCCCUGCUGGGUCCCGGCCCGCCGCUCACCUCGCGCCACCUGCCCUCGCGCCUCCCGCACCCGUGGCGCCGCCUCCGUGAGCCGCCCACCAGGGCCGUGAAGCCCUGGCCCCGCCCGCCUUUCCCACUGCCGCCAGGCCCUGGGCCUUGGGGGGUGCUGCCGCGGCCCCCGGAACCCCCGGAGAGCCGGCGCGAGCCCGAGGACUCGGAGACGCCCUGGACAGUGCCCUCGCUGGCCCCCAGCUGGGACGUGGACGUGCCUCCCACCCAGCGCCCACCCUCGCCCUGGCCGGGAGGCCCCGGCAGCCUCCGUGGCUUCUCCGGGCCACCCCCUGUACCCCCCACCCCCUCCCUGCAGCACGUGGGCCCAGUGCCGUCCCCCGUUCCCCGGCCUGAAGACCCAGCCUCUGACUCAAGCGGCGUCUUCCUGGGCAGACACCACGACCCAGGGCCCGGACAGCUGACCAAAUCAGCCAGCCCGAGCCCCGAGAAGCCCGAAGACGAGGCCUGCCCAGGGGACCCCCAGCCACCAGCAGACCCUGAGCCCCUGACCCUGACAGCCCCCAAGGAUGCCCCCUCAGAGCGGAAAGCACUGAGGCUCCGCCUCUCCCACCCGCUGGCUGCCUUUGACCAGCUGAGGGCCACGUGGCCACCAGGGCGCCGCUGGCGGACGCUGCCCACUGCCCCAGCCUCCUUGGCACCCUCUGGGGCCCCGGCACCCCUGCCCAAGGCGGGUGAACGGCACCGGGCACGCCGUGGGCGUUUUGCCGUGGUCAUGCCGCGCGUGCAAAAGCUGAGCUCCUUCCGGCGCGCGUGUCCUGCCACCCAGCAGCCCCCCGUCCGGCUGACCCGGGAGCCAGAGCAUGGCCCCAGGUCAAGAGCUUGGAGUCUGCGCGGCUCCCGCCUCUGGCUGCUCGCGGAGGCCCACCAACCCUGGCCACACGUACACGCCCGCCCCCGGUCCUGGCACUCGGGCCCCGGAGCUGCCUGCCUCCCCCAUGGGGGCCCCUGGCAAAAGGUUGGCCCCAAAGGCUGGUGGAACAAGAUGCACUCCAUCCGAAACCUGCCGUCCACGCAGUUCCGCGAGCAGCACCGGGAGGACGGCGUGGAGGACAUGACGCAGCUGGAAGACCUCCAGGAGACCACCGUGCUGGCCAACCUCAAGACCAGAUUUGAACGGAACCUCAUCUACACGUACAUCGGCAGCAUCCUGGUGUCGGUGAACCCGUACCGGAUGUGUGGGAUCUACGGGCCGGAGCAGGUGCACCAGUACAGUGGGCGGGCCCUGGCCGAGAACCCCCCGCACCUGUUUGCAAUUGCAAAUCUCGCCUUCGCCAAAAUGCUGGAUGCCAAACAGAGCCAGUGUGUGAUCGUCAGCGGGGAGAGCGGCUCUGGAAAAACGGAGGCCACGAAGCUGAUUCUGCGCUACCUGGCGGCCAUGAACCAGAAGCGGGGUGUCACGCGGCAGAUAAAGAUCCUGGAGGCCACACCCCUCCUGGAGUCCUUCGGUAACGCCAAAACAGUCAGGAAUGACAACUCCAGCCGCUUCGGGAAGUUUGUGGAGGUCUUUCUGGAAGGGGGCGUGAUCUCUGGUGCCAUAACCUCCCAGUACCUGCUCGAGAAGUCCAGGGUCGUGUUUCAGGCCAAAAAUGAGAGGAACUACCACAUCUUCUACGAGCUGCUGGCCGGGCUGCCCUCGCAGCUUCGGCAGGCCUUCAGCCUGCAGGAAGCCGAGACGUACUACUACCUGAACCAGGGCGGGAACUGUGAGAUCUCGGGGAAGAGCGACGCGGACGACUUCCGCCGGCUGCUGGCCGCGAUGGAGGUGCUGGGCUUCAGCGCCGAGGACCAGGACAGCAUCUUCCGCAUCCUGGCCUCCAUCCUGCACCUGGGCAACGUCUACUUUGAGAAGUACGAGACGGACGCGCAAGAGGUGGCCUCGGUGGUGAGUGCCCGGGAGAUCCAGGCCGUGGCCGAGCUGCUGCAGGUCUCCCCCGAGGGCCUGCAGAAGGCCAUCACCUUCAAAGUGACCGAGACAAUGCGGGAGAAGAUCUUCACCCCCCUGACCGUGGAGAGCGCCGUGGACGCCAGGGACGCCAUCGCCAAGGUCCUGUACGCGCUGCUGUUUGGCUGGCUCAUCGCCCGGGUCAACGUGCUGGUGUCCCCACAGCAGGACGCGCUGUCCAUCGCCAUCCUGGACAUCUACGGCUUCGAGGACUUGAGCUUCAACAGCUUCGAGCAGCUGUGCAUCAACUAUGCAAACGAGAGCCUCCAGUACCUCUUCAACAAGAUCGUCUUCCAGGAGGAGCAGGAGGAGUACAUCCGCGAGCAGAUCGACUGGCGGGAGAUCGCCUUUGCCGACAACCAGCCCUGCAUCAACCUCAUCUCACUGAAGCCCUACGGCAUCCUGCGCAUCCUGGACGACCAGUGCUGCUUCCCCCAGGCCACAGACCACACGUUUCUGCAGAAGUGCCAUUACCACCACGGCGCCAACCCACUCUACUCCAAACCCAAGAUGCCACUGCCUGAGUUCACCAUCAAGCACUACGCGGGCAAAGUCACCUACCAGGUGCACAAGUUCCUGGACAAGAACCACGACCAGGUACGCCAGGAUGUGCUGGACCUAUUUGUGCGGAGCCGGACACGGGUGGUGGCGCACCUCUUCUCCAGCCACGCCCCGCAGGCGGCCCCUCAGCGCCUGGGCAAGAGCAGCUCUGUCACCCGGCUCUACAAGGCGCACACGGUGGCCGCGAAGUUCCAGCAGUCGCUCCUGGAUCUGGUGGAAAAGAUGGAGAGGUGCAACCCCUUGUUCGUCAGGUGCCUGAAGCCCAACCACAAGAAGGAGCCGGGGCUUUUCGAGCCAGAUGUGGUGACGGCCCAGCUACGCUACUCGGGGCUGCUGGAGACUGUGCGGAUCCGCAAGGAGGGCUUUCCAGCACGGCUGCCCUUCCAGCUGUUCAUCGACAGGUACCGCUGUCUAGUGGCCCUCCAGCACGGCCUGCCAGCCAGCGGGGACAUGUGUGUGUCGGUGCUGAGUCGCCUGUGCACGGUCACGCCAAACAUGUACCGCGUCGGCGUCAGCAAGCUCUUCCUGAAGGAGCACCUGCACCAGCUGCUGGAGGGCAUGCGGGAGCACGUGCUGAACCUGGCGGCCCUCACGCUGCAGCGCUGCCUCCGCGGCUUCUUCAUCCGUCGGCGUUUCCGCUCCCUGCGCCGCAAGAUCGUCCUGCUGCAGAGCCGGGCCCGCGGCUACCUGGCCAGGCAGCGGUAUCAGCAGAUGAGAAGGCGUCUGGUGAGGUUCCGGGCCCUGGUGCACACGUACACGAGCCACCGGCGUCACCUCAAGCUGAGGGCGGGGCGGAGGCUCCGGGUGGAGGAGGCGCGGCUACGGGAGCAGGAGGAGCUGAGCAGGCGGCAGGUGGUGGCUGUGGGGCACCUGGAGGUCCCCGCGGAGCUGGCUGGACUCCUGCGAGCGGCGGCGGGCCUCGGGACGGGCCAGGUGCCCCGCGUGGGCCCCGUGCGGACUCCCCGGCUUCAGGCGGAGCCCCGGGCCACGCUGCCCCUGGACAUCAACAACUACCCUAUGGCCAAGUUUGUCCGGUGCCACUUCAAGGAGCCUGCCUUCGGGAUGCUGACGGUGCCCCUGAGGACGCCCCUCACGCGGCUGCCGGCGGAGUACCACGCAGAGGCUGUGGGCAUCUUCAAGCUGAUCCUGCGCUUCAUGGGCGACCCGCAGCUGCAUGGUGCGCAGGACCGCGUCUUCGGGAGCUACGUGGUGCAGAAGGGGCUGGCGGUGCCCGAGCUGCGGGAUGAGAUCCUGGCACAGCUGGCCAACCAGGUGUGGCGCAACCCGCGUGCCCGCAACGCCGAGCGGGGCUGGCUCCUGAUGGCCGCGUGCCUGGGCGGCUUCGCGCCCUCCCCGCGCCUCGACAAGUACCUGCUCAAGUUUGUGUCUGAUUAUGGGCGGAAUGGCUUCCAGGCUGUGUGUCAACAUCGCCUCAUGCAGGCCAUGGGCCAGGCCCAGCAGCAGGGCCCCGGCGCUGCCCGCACCUUCCCGCCAACCCAGCUCGAGUGGACAGCUACCCAGGAGAAGGCCGGGAUGGCGCUGGACGUGGGCUGCUUCAACGGUGACCAGUUCUCCUGCCCGGUGCACUCCUGGAGUACAGGGGAAGAGGUGGCUGGAGACAUCCUGCGGCACAGGGGGCUGACCGACGGCUGGCGGGGCUGGACGGUGGCCAUGAAGAACGGGGUCCAGUGGGCAGAGCUGGCCGGCCAUGACUACGUACUGGACUUGGUGUCGGCCCUCGAGCUGCUCAGGGAGUUCCCGCGACGGAAGGCCUACUUCAUCGUGGGUGCGGAGGGCCCCACGACGGGCAGGGGAAGCCCCAGCGUGUUUGGGAACAGCUGGGACUCGGACGAGGACGCACCCACGAGGCCCCAGCCCCAGGGGCACGUGCCCGUCGUGGCGGACUCCGAUGGGUCCUGCAGCCACAAUGAGGACGGUACAGACGGAGAGACUGAGGCCCAGAGAGGGACAGCGACCCACCAAGACUCGGACGGCCUUGGAGAGCCCGCUGUGCCCCCCAAGGGACUGGACUGCUACCUGGAUAGCCUCUUCGACCCUGUGCUGUCCUACGGGGAGGCGGACCUGGAGAAGCCGACAGCGAUUGCCUGCCGCAUGAAAGGGGGUGGCCAGCCUGGCGGAGACGGCGGCGGCAGCACCGAAGGCACCCCCCGGAGGCCUCCAGAGCCAGAGCCAGAGCCAGAACCAAUUCCAGGCCUGGACGCCUCCACGUUGGCCCUGCAGCAAGCCUUCAUCCACAAGCAGGCCGUGCUGCUGGCCCGGGAGAUGACCCUGCAGGCCAUGGCGCAGCCGCCGCCGCCACCGCGCACUUCCCCGAGGCCCUCGCCCCCGGAGAAGCCCCUAGCGCCAGAGGCCCGGCCGAAGCUCACAGGCGCUGGGCCCCCCGCCAAGCCCGUGCUCCUGCGCCCCGCUCCGAAGCCUGUGGCCCCCGCCCCUCUGGCCAAGGCCCCGAGGCCCCCCACCAAGCCCGUGGCUGCCCCCAUUCUGGCUCAGGGCCGGGCUUCUCCGGAAGCCGCUUCCCGCUGCCCGGAGCUGGUCCGGUCCUCGACCCUCAACUCGGAGCACUUCCCGCAGCCCACGCAGCAGAUCAAAGACAUCGUCAGGCAGCACCAGCAACCCCCCCGGGGAGGCCGGCCGGAGGCCCUCAGGAAGGACGGCGGGAGGGUGUUCGUGAGGCGGCCGGACCCCCACGAGGAGGCCCUGCGGAUCCUGAGGGCGCAGGUGAGCCCCGCGACGGCGGCCGCACCCGGUGCCCAGGUCCCCCGCGAGGCCGUGGCCCUGGGGAAGCCGGUGACCAGCACACCGAGUCCCUCCACGGGGCCCACUCCAGCGCUGCCCUCGCGGUCCCUGGCGCCGGAGGAGGACCAUGUACAGACCCGGCUGCACCGCAGCCUCAACCCCGCCUUCUACGGCUACCGGGCCGCGCCCUGGCGGAUCUUCCUGCGCAAAGAGGUGUUCUACCCCAAGGACAGCUACAGCCACCCCGUGCAGCUGGACCUCCUGUUCCGCCAGAUCCUGCACGACACGCUCUCCGAGGCCUGCCCACGCAUCUCCGCGGAGGAGAGGCUCCAGAUGAGAGCCCUGUUUGCCCAGAGUGAGCUGGACACGCAGCGGCCCCUGGUGACGGAGAGCGUGAAGCGGGCCGUGGUCAGCACCGCACGCGACCGUUGGGAGGUCUACUUCUCCCGCCUCUUCCCCGCCACGGGCAGCGCGGGCACCGGGGUGCAGAUCCUAGCUGUGUCGCACGCGGGCAUCAAGCUGCUGCGCGCGGUCCAGGGCAGCCGCGAGGCCGGCGGGCGGCUGCAGGUCCUGCGCGCGUACAGCUUCGCAGAUAUCCUGUUUGUGACCAUCCCCUCCCAGAACAUGCUAGAGUUCAACCUGGCCAGCGAGAAGGUCAUUCUCUUCUCAGCCCGAGCUCACCAGGUCAAGACCCUGGUGGACGACUUCAUCCUGGAGCUGAAGAAGGACUCGGACUACGUGGUGGCUGUGAGGAGCUUCCUGCCGGAGGACCCGGCGCUGCUGGCCUUCCACAAGGGCGACAUCAUCCACCUGCAGCCCCUGGAGCCGCCCCGGACGGGCUACAGUGCCGGCUGCGUGGUCGGCAAGAAGGUCGUGUACCUGGAGGAGCUGCGGCGUCGGGGCCCUGACUUUGGCUGGCGGUUCGGGACCAUCCACGGGCGCGUGGGCCACUUCCCUUCCGAGCUGGUGCAGCCCGCGGCCGCCCCGGACUUCCUGCAGCUGCCUGCCGAGCCAGGCCGGGGCCGUGCUGCCGCUGUGGCCAUUGCCGUGGCCUCGGCGGCCGCUGCCCGGGAGGUGGGCCGCAGGAGGGAGGGCCCCCCAGUCAGGGCUGGCUCUGCGGACCGAGGGGAGGAUGGCCUGGCUCUCCCACCGUACACAAUGCUGGAGUUCGCGCAGAAGUAUUUCCGAGACCCUCAGAGGAGACCCCAGGAUGGCCUCAGGCUGAAAUCCAAGGAGGGCUGGGAGUCCAGAACCUUGGAGGACAUGCUUUGCUUCACCAAGACCCCGCUCCAGGACUCUCUCAUCGAGCUCAGUGACAGCAGCCUCAACAAGAUGGCCACAGACAUGUUUCUAGCUGUGAUGCGGUUCAUGGGGGAUGCCCCGCUGAAGGGCCAGAGUGAACUGGACGUGCUGUGCACCCUCCUGAAGCUGUGCAGGGACCAUGAGGUCAUGCGGGAUGAGUGUUACUGCCAAGUUGUGAAGCAGAUCACAGACAACACCAGCACUAAGCAGGACAGCUGCCGGCGAGGCUGGAGGCUGCUGUACAUCGUGGCUGCCUACCACAGCUGCUCCGAUGUCCUCCAGCCGCACCUCAUGUGCUUCCUCCAAGACGUGAGCCGGACCCCGGGCCUGCCCUUCCAGGGGAUCGCCAAGGCCUGUGCGCAGAACCUGCAGAAGACGCUGCGCUUCGGUGGCCGUCAGGAGCUGCCCGGCGGCAUGGAGCUCCGGGCCAUGCUGGCCGGCCGCAGUUCCAAGAGGCAGCUCUUUCUUCUCCCCGGAGGCCUCGAGCGCCACCUCAAAAUCAAAACGUGCACCGUGGCCCUGGACGUGGUGGAGGAGAUCUGUGCUGAGAUGGCUCUGAGCCGCCCCGAGGCCCGUGAGGAGUACGUCAUCUUUGUCGUCACCCAUCGAGGCCAGCACGUGUGUCCACUCAGCCGCCGCGCCUACAUCCUGGACGUGGCCUCGGAGAUGGAGCAGGUGGACGGCGGCUACACGCUGUGGUUCCGCCGCGUGCUCUGGGAUCAGCCGCUCAAGUUUGAGAACGAGCUCUACGUGACCUUGCACUACAACCAGGUGCUGCCCGACUACCUGAAGGGCCUGUUCAGCAGUGUGCCGGCCGGUCGGCCCAGCGAGCAGCAGCUGCAGCAGGUGUCCAAGCUGGCCGCGCUGCAGCACCGCGCCAGGGACCACUUCUACCUGCCCAGCGCGCGGGAGGCCCAGGAGUACAUCCCGGCCCAGCUCUACCGCACCGCGGCGGGCGCGGCGUGGCUCAGCCUGCUGGGCCAGCACCGGCAGCAGACGCAGGCUCUCAGCCCCCACCAGGCCCGUGCCCAGUUUCUGGGCCUCCUCAGCGCCUCGCCCAUGUUUGGCUCCUCCUUCUUCUUCGUCCAGAGCUGCAGCAGCGCCAUGGUGCCCGCCCCCUGCAUCCUCGCCGUCAACCAGAACGGCCUCAGCUUCCUCAGCACUGAGACCCACGAGCUGCUGGUGAAGGUCCCCCUGAAGGAGAUCCAGUCGACGCGGACGCAGCGGCCCACGGCCAGCUCCAGCUACCCCUACGUGGAGGUCGCCCUGGGGGAUGUGGGCACCCAGCGCACCGUGCAGCUGCAGCUGGAGCAGGGCCUGGAGCUGUGUCGUGUGGUGGCCGUGCACGUGGAGAACCUGCUCAGUGCCCGGGAGAAGCGACUCACCCUGCCCCCCAGCGAGAUCACGCUGCUCUGAGCCAGCCCCCAGCCCCCAGCCCCCCCCCCCCCGUGUCAGGAGGCUUGCUCUGUGGCCCCGGGGGCUUCCUGGGUCAGAACCUUAGGGGAGACCAAGAGGCAGUAGGUGGAGCGGCCCAAGUCCCCAGGAACCUGAGAAGACCGGUGCAGGGUUGGGAUGGACUGCAGUGUGCAGACGUGGGCCAGAUAGCAGCAGGCACUCCCAGAGACGGACCCGUGCGACCCCUGCCACCUACCCCUGUGGCCCUACCGCGACUCCCUCGCGGCAGGGAAGCCCCACGGCCAGAGCCGAGGCAGACUGAACCUGCCUUUGCUUCCCCGGGCGUCUGGUGCCCAAACCUGCCCCACCUCCCUGUCCCAGUCCCUCACAUGCCGUCCUCAGGUGCCCCUGCUCUGCUGCUGAGCUUGGAUUCGAGGCUCUUGGUCAUUCCUGUGCAAAUGAAAGGUAUGCCUGGCAGCCUUUCCUCCAUACAGUUGUUGAGCAACUGGAAAACGAGCCUGAGGGAGGAGGCAGGAGAUGGAGGCCCAGUCGUGCCUCUGAAUAGAGCUUCCAGCAGACACAUCCAUCCUUCUCUCUCCCUGCAGGCCCCUGUCCCUCGAUCCCACACUCCUUGGUAGCCCCAACCCCAGGAUGGGCCACACAAGAUGUGAGAGUGGUAUAGCAGAGCGAGAGAGAUGUUUCGUGUCAGCGGCUGGGGAAGGAGACAUCUGGGAGAGGGCUUCCCAGAGAAUGGGACACUGGGGGUUAGGUUUUGAAGGAUUAGUAGGAGUUUGCUAGGAAUAGAGGGAAGGGAGGAGAACGAACAUUCUAAACAGAGGAAACAGUGUGUGUUCCCUACUGUAUCCCCCAGAGCCUAGAACAAUGCCUCACGUGGAGCAGACGCUUAAAAAAUACUUGUCAUGUGACUGAAAGAAUAAAUGAAUG